UAUAAAUCAGCUGACUAGCCUAAAAAUAAGAGUAACAAAGUAUAUAUAUAUUAGAGGGUUUGUUUACUAACAAAUGAUACCUGUCAGUUUACAUCACAAUUAUUUGUAAUAAUUAAGGAUGACUAUUCAUAAUUUAUAUAUUUUUUCUAAAAAUGGAGUUUUGUUGUAUUAUAACGAGUGGAAUCGAUUGAACAAAUCUGGCAUUACCAAAGAAGAGGAAGCUAAACUGAUGUACGGAAUGUUGUUCUCAAUAAAAUCCUUCGUGAACAAAAUCUCACCUCUGGACCCCAAAGAAGGGUUCCUCUACUACAAAACCAGCAAAUACUCACUCCACUACCUCGAAACUCCUUCCGGCCUCAAUUUUGUCCUGAACACCGACACCGCUUCGCAGAACGUCCGAGAGCUUCUUCAGCAGCUCUACCGGCAAGUCUACGUCGAGUACGUCGUAAAGAACCCCUUCUGCAAAUUAAACGAGCCAAUACAGAGUGAAUUGUUCAAAAGCAAAGUUGACGAGCUGAUGAAAAAAUCUCCUAUAUAUUUAAAUCGUUCAUUGUAAAAUUCAAUAUUAAAUAUUCAUUAUUAUUAA